UGAACUUGACGGUAAAUUGAAUAUUUGUGGUAAUGAUCAUGAUAGUGCAGAUUUGUCUUUGGUUGAUCAUUAUGAGAUGAGGGAUAUGCCUACUACUGCUAAGUUAAAUAAAGGUUCUGUACAACUACAACGUGAAGUAGAAUUGAACGCAGAUGCAGUUCCAGAAGGUGUGCAUACUUGUGAGACAGUCAGUGUAAUUGAUCAGCGUGUAGCCCACCUAUCAUCAGAUGAUAGUGCUAAACCCGAACUAGUAGUGAAAGACAGCAGUGGUGGUAAUCUUGCAGUUGGACAACUAUCUGAGAGCCGAACAAGAACAGCUUCUGAUCCACCACUAAGUUCAUCACCUUGUGUCACUCAGUCAUCGUUGGUGCUGUCAUCCACAAUGAAACAGACACCCAUCAACUCAAGUAUCUUGUGCAAUGACUAUGGUAGUAUCAGUUCGUUUGAAAGGACGAAUAUCAAUGGUCAGUUUAGUGUGGAUAAGCCAAGUGUAAAGGAGAGAGUUAUUGUUAAAUUGACUUGCACGAAUAAAGGCAUUUCUAGUUUCAAGUUACUAUUUGAAUGUUAUUAUCUUUGGUGUAAAUUACUCUGUUUCUAUACUUGGUUGAUGAGAUAUGUCGUGUGUUUGUUGGUCAUCUAUAUUCUACGAUACAAUGACAUGGGCGUGUUGCCGUUCAGAUUUGAGGAUAUAGCUGAUAGAAGGAAGUUAGCAAAUGAACUCUGCGACGAUUUUCCAACCUAGGGCGUCAACCUGAGAAGGGUUGUAGGCGUACUGGUGUAAGUCCUACAGUUCUUCAAAGGGUAGCGCAUCAAUGAGCAGUCCAAUGUGCUUGGUGUAUGAUCUUGUACAUAUGUUCAUAUUGUAUAUACUGAAUUGAUAUCAUCUGUCAUCUAGCUGUUGGUAAUUCUGUUUGUGUCCGGACGACUUCCACUUGGAUCAUCAACCUGAGAAGGAAUGUAGGCGUACUGCUGUAAGUCCUACGGUUCUUCAAGGGUAGUUUGUCGUGUCAGAAUCCACAACAUUUGAUGUGUUGAUUGUACAUAUGUUUGUGUUAAAUAGUUGUGUGAGUUCCAAUUGAUGUAAUUGUUGGUUAAUCUUGUUUGUGUCUGG